CUCGUAUUGGCGCGUUAUUUACAACUAUGUCCUUUCCAUCAAUAGAUAAUGAAGGAGAAGCUUGCUGUAAAUAAUACCGUUAAUUGAAGAACAACAGCCACCCACGAACUCUUGACAGCAGCAGACUCGCAGUGUCGUGUUCUCAAAAUUGCUGAAAGGAGACUGCAGACUCGUAAUAAUAUUAGCUAGAUGUUCCAGAAUCCUCCAAUAGCAUCCUCUGCUUUGUGGGAGUCAUAUCCGAAAGGUGCUUGCCUCUGUACCAUUGAGUUCAAGCAGCCUCAGUUAUCAGCUGCAACAUCGUAUGGUCUUGGGUUGAAGUUUGAGCAUGGAAAGCUUCAUAAAGGAGGAAGUAUAUUUGGAACCAUCUUUUCUGCCAGUAGAAAGACCAGAGUAGAACCAACUUACAGGAAGAGAGAAGCAUAUCCCCAAAAUGUGGAUCUUCCACCUGUACUACCUAAGAAUAAGAAGAAACCGUAUCCUAUUCCCUUAAAUAAGAUCAAGCAGGCCGCAAAGGAGGACAAAAAACUUGCAGAAUUGGGUAUAGAGAAGCCCCUCGAACCUCCAAAAAAUGGAUUACUUGCCCCUGAUCUGAUUCCCGUUGCUCACCAUGUACUAGAUUCCUGGAAAAUUUUAAUUAAAGGCAUUGCGCAGCUGUUGCACGUUAUUCCGGUAUACGCUUGCACUGAAUGCUCUGAGGUUCAUGUGAGCCACUCUGGUCAUCACAUACAGGACUGUCUUGGUGCAACCAGUGCUAAACGCCGGAGCUUCCACUCCUGGAUCAAGGGUUCUGUCAAUGACGUGCUUGUACCCAUCGAGGCAUAUCAUCUCUAUGACCCUUUUGGUCGGCGCAUUAAGCAUGAAACUAGAUUUCAAUACGACAGGAUUCCAGCUGUUGUGGAGCUGUGCAUCCAAGCUGGUGUUGAGAUCCCUGAGUACCCUUCACGUCGAAGAACCAAACCCAUCCGUAUGAUUGGAAGGAAAGUGAUCGAUCGAGGUGGAUUGAUUGAGGAGCCUCAACCAGGGAUCUCUGCAAAUCCAUCAUCACUUAUUGAUCUCGAUACACAUGGGGCUUGUGGGCGGUUUCCACCUCCACCACCAUCAGAUAUUCCCAAGAUUGCACAGGAGACAAUGGAUGCAUAUGAAACUGUUAAGUUGGGGGUGACGAAGCUGAUGGAUAAAUACACAGUGAAGGCAUGCGGGUAUUGCUCCGAGGUUCACGUGGGACCUUGGGGUCACAAUGCAAAGCUUUGUGGGGAAUUCAAGCACCAAUGGAGGGAUGGGAAGCAUGGCUGGCAGGAUGCUACCGUGGAUGAAGUUUUCCCUCCAAAUUACGUAUGGCAUGUCGAAGACCCCAAAGGACCUCCUUUGAAGGGCGGUGCACUCAAGAAGUUCUACGGGAAGGCUCCGGCAGUUGUAGAGGUUUGCUUGCAGGCAGGUGCACAGAUCCCUGAGAAAUAUAAACCCAUGAUGAGGCUUGACAUUGUUGUCCCUGAAAGUGAGGAGGCACAAUUAGUUGCCUGAAUAUUAGACUUUUUGUGCAGCAGAAUACUGUGACGCAUGUAUAUAUGAUUUUUAACCUUUUGGUUA